AGCGGUUUAAAAUUGGAAAUUAGGCCGAUGUUGUUGAUGAUUUGUCAUCCUCUUAGUCACCUGCUGGGGGUUAUAGUAGUCAGGAUGAUUGUCUAUAUAUGGUUAUUCUCUGGCAGCCUCAGCCGUCAUGAUCUCUUAUAUCUUGAGAAAUAUUACUGAGAUCAUAUACAGAACUUUUCAAGAAGUUGAAAUAAUGCCAACUCAAGAGAUUGAAACUUAUAAUGAAAAAUCGAGCAGUAGCAACCAGGUGAAAGAUGGAAAGUAGUAAACGAGAGAAAGUCAUAAUUAAUGUGAGUGGACAGAGAUUUCGAACAUGGCGUAGUACUUUACGAAAGCAUCCUGACACGUUGCUUGGCAACGACAACAUGCUGACGUGUUUUUACGAUGACAAAAGACAGGAGUAUUUCUUGGACCGAGACCCAGAAGUGUUUCGUCAUAUUCUGAGAUAUUAUCAAGUAGGUAAACUGCAUAUUUCACACGAAGACUGCCUGGAGCUUUUUUAUGAUGAGCUAAAGUUUUAUGGAAUACCAACUGAUACCGUUCACGAGUGCUGUUGGGGUGAUUGUUAUGAAAUGUCGCUAAAAAUACUCAAAUAUGGGAAGAAAACUGGCAGAAAACAAGGUUCGACCUGGGGAAAAGUACGAGGAAAUCAGUUUCGUAGAAUUCGCAAAACAAUACAUAAUUUCUUGGAACAACGCCAGGAUUCAUUCUGGGAAAGGUUAUUCCAGUACGUGGUUGGCGUUUUUAUUUUUCUUAGUAUCGUCUGCGCUACUGUUGCCACGAUACGCUGCGAGGAAGAUACGAAAACCUGGGAACAAUGUCAUCACAGAUUUUUUGAGAUUUCAGACAUCAUAUUUAUGUGCGUCUUUUCAUUCGAGUACGCAUUACGUCUUUUCUCGACUCCGUGUCUCAGAUUAUUUUUUAAAAAUAAAUUUAACCUUUUUGAUUUGGCUGCGAUAUCUCCAUUUUACAUUGAUCUCGCGAGAAGGUGGUUUACUAACGAUAACGUGAUUAUAGAAACAGACAUCUGGGACGUGUUUCGUGUGCUGCGUGGCAUACGUAUUCUAAAACUCGCGAGACAUUCCUUAUUCAUGCAAAAAUUUGGACGACGUUUAAAGAAAGCGUUCACUGAUUUGGGCUUCCUCUAUUUUGCCUUCGUUUUGGCCAAUAUUUUCUUCGCAAGCUGUCUGUAUACAGUUGAAGUCCUUCAAGGAAAGAAUACAUACCAGAGCAUACCGGACACAAUGUGGUUUACAGUGGUAACAAUGAUGACGUUAGGGUAUGGCGAUUCACUUCCAAAAACAAUCAUGGGAAGGAUCAUGGCAGCUUUUUACUGUUUAUUUGGAAUAAUUAUUCUUGCUUUGCCUGUUCCAAUAUUACAAGACGUUGGAUCUUGAUCAACAUUUCGUAAAAGACGGUAAUAUUUAAUUAGAGCGCCCUAAUUCAACGGCUUUAUUAUUUCAGUUAAAGCUUUGAUAUUUCGUAAGCACAAAAAUACAAAAUAAAAACAAAAAGUUAUUGACAACACGACAUACUCGUUUUGACAACCAGAAUUGAGUGGAAUAAAUAAAAAUACUCCAAAAGUCGAAACGUUAAAAUAUAUCAUAGAUGUUGACAUUAAUUUUUGCGGUCACUCCGUUGUUAACACAAUUAAUUAACAUGGCGCCUUGUCGUAUUUGUGUUUAAAAUUAUGAAUGCCAAAUUAUAUCGAUUGAAUUAUAAAAUGUUGUUCAGGCAUAGAUUUCGAGUCUAACGCCUGUAUUCAAAAAGCUCACUCACACUCAUACUCAUCGAGUGUGACAUAUAAAUUUCG